AUGAUCGUAGAAAUUGACGAGGACUCGCGAGAUUUUGCGACGAUCUACAAGAAAGAUUAUCUGGGAGAGAAAGGUGAAAGGCCAAUCGGAUGCAAACCGUUACCCAAGUAUCGAUCACCUUUGAACAUCUUGAACGAGCCGUACAAGCAGUAUCUGAAUACACGACUAGAAAAUCGAUCAUUGCCCGAGAACGAACGAAGCGAGGAUCCAUUAGAACUUUUAAACAGGAUACGCGACAAGUUCCCUUAUCUGAAAAAUGUUCUGCCGGAAAUUGUGCCGGAUGAAAGCGUGAUAAAACGCGAGAAGAAAAAAUCAAUGAAAACUGUGUAUCAAUUGGAUUACUGGAAAGAUUCUGAUCGUGCUCGUGUAGACGUGACGUUACCGCAAGAUUGGAUUAUACCAGAGACAAUUCAGAAACGCGCAUAUCGAGAUCCGUGGAUAAUCGCAACGCGAAACUUGAUAAAGCCGCCCAAAAUUAUCAAACCGCGCAACAACUUGGAUCCUAAUCCCAAGGAAAGAGAAAUUCUUCAUGUAAUAACUGGCAAUUCCGAGUAUACUAAUACAAUCGGAAUAACAGGGGAAAGAAUUAUGCUAGAAAGUCCCGUAAAUAUGAAAGAAUGCAUCGAAUCGCAAGAAUCAUUAAGGAAUUCUGAGAUAACUGAAUCGGAAUGUUCGCUUAUAUUGAAACAAAAUUUAGCCCUCCCAUCGAAAAUAUUCUGAGCCAUUCUUUUAAAUUAUAAUUUUAUAAUUGAGAUACCAGAUAUGCGUGUGUGUAUACAAAGUAUCGAGGUCAUUUACAACUACAAUAAAUCAUAGUGUAUGCAAGUCGUUAAA